AUGGCUUCUCGGGACGACAUUGUCCGCUUCACCAACGGCUACCUCGCCCUGCCGGACGGCACCGCCCAGCAGAAGGACCUCUACAUCUCGUCCCGAACCGGCAAGAUCAUCUCGGGCCAAGAUGCCUUCUACUCCCACUCUACUUCCUCGGCCCCUUUCCGCACGGUCGACCUGAAGGGCAACAUCCUCAGCCCGGGGCAUAUCGAUAUCCAAAUCAACGGUGCAUGGGGCGUCGACUUUUCCGAGCUCGACAUUUCGCAAGGCGAGGCUGGCGAGCAGGCGUAUGUCAAGGGGCUACAGAAAGUCGCGCGGCGGUUGGUGAGGUAUGGCACCACGUCAUUCGUGCCGACGAUCAUUACGCAGAAUAGAGAGCUGUAUGCCCGUUUGCUGAGGUUGCUGGGGCCAAGGGAGACGCCAGGCGGCGCGAGUAUACUAGGUUACCACGCCGAAGGGCCUUUCCUCCAUCCUACGCGCAAAGGGGCACACUCCUCCACCCUCCUCCUCACCGCCGACACUGCCUCCCCGAUGGAAACCUUCGAGUCCGUCUACGGUGCCCCUGGCCUCGGCCAGCCCGGCGUCAAGAUUAUCACCCUCGCACCCGACGUCCCCGGCGUUAUGGAGUGUAUACCCGCUCUAGUCGAGCGGGGCGUGACGGUGUCGGUCGGGCAUACGGAUGCGACACUGGAGCAGGCGGAGGAGGCGUUUGAGAAGGGGGCGAGGAUGAUUACGCAUCUGUUCAACGCAAUGCCUCCAAUUCACCACCGCGACCCGGGCCUCGUCGGGCUCCUCGGCCACCCCACCCUCAGACCGUACUACGGCAUCAUCGUAGACGGGUGGCAUAGUCAUCCCAACACUGUCCGUAUCGCGUGGGGCGCUUGUAGGGAAGGGUGCGUUUUAGUUUCGGACGCGCAAAGUAUAAUGGACCCCGAAACGCCUGACGGGGUGAUCGACUGGAGACCUGGACUGAGGUUUAGGAAAGAGGGCUUGAAGGUGCUUGUGGAUGGUACCAACACUCUCGCUGGAUCCGCCGCCCCCCUCGCCCCCCUAAUCAAAAACCUCUCCACCUUCGCCUCCAUCCCCCUCCCCCUCGCGCUCCUCUCCGCCACCCUCCACCCCGCCACCUGCCUCGGCGGCGGGGUAGAAAGGGAGAAGGGAAGGCUGGAAGAAGGGUGGGAUGCGGAUUUGUGUGUGAUGAGCUGGGAGGGGGAGGUGGUGGGGACGUGGGUUGGGGGGAGGGAAGUUUGGGGGGAGGGGGGGUGGAGGGAUGGGGGAGAUGAUGAUGGGGCGCCGGGAGAGUAG